GAUAGUCAUCACUCAAUUAAGUGGUAUGUGCACGGUGACUUUAUAUGGAAGCCUAUUGGAUUGGAAAAAUCACUAGCGGUGUCUGACCUACAGCGCGGAUAUCCUGAGCAGCUGAUAUCGAUUUGUUUAUGUACACAGCUGUCAGUGUGUUCAUACACACAACGUAGUAUUUUGAUAUUCAGUUGACCUACAAUUAGAAUUACAGACAGUUUAAACAGUUUAAAGUAUCGUUUAUAAACAUGUGGGUAUUUGGAUACGGCUCUCUCAUCUGGAAAGUUGAUUUUCCCAUUAAAGGAAAAGUUCCCGGAUAUAUCCGAGGUUUCAAGCGACGGUUUUGGCAAGGAAGUACAGACCACAGAGGUGUUCCUGGCAAUCCGGGACGUGUUGUUACACUGAUACCUGCUUCUAAAGAGGAUAAAGUGUAUGGAAUAGCAUAUGAAAUUCACGCAGAAGAUGCAGAACAUGUGCGAAAACAUUUGGACCAUAGAGAAAAGGGCGGUUAUACGACGGUCAACGUCACCUUUCACCCGUGCGACCAGUCUGGGGAUAUUGAUUUGGCACUAUAUAUAGGUACAGAAGACAACCCAAAUUACCUUGGACCCGCUCCUUUAGACGAUAUAGCAAACCAGAUAUAUACAUCUGUGGGACCUAGCGGCAAGAACAUAGAAUAUCUACUGAAUCUCGCAACAGCAAUCAGAACUGAGUUACCAGGAGUAGAGGAUAAACACUUGUUUGAUCUUGAAACUAAAGUUCUAGAUUUACAACGAAACCAUACCUGAUUUUUUGUAAAAAAAAGGACAUUUUUUUAAUGGUAAUCUUUUCUGUAAUAAUUUGUCUCGUUGGUGUUUGUGUUUUUAAUAUUUCGGCAUUACUUUUGCUUGUAUAAUUUAUAUUUGAGCUUA